AUGUUUCGCACCCAGAUCGCUCGUCAGGCUCGCCUUUUCAGCACCUCCCCCAUCGCUCGCAAGAGCCCCGUCGAGACCGUCAAGGAUGCCGCAAAGGCCGUAGACGCAAAGAUCUCUGGCGCUGCCGUUAAGGGCAUCGAGAAGGGCGAGGAAGUCGCCGAGAAAGUAAAGCAAGCCACUCCUGAGACCACCGGCCAAGCCAAGGGCCAGGCCAACGAGGCCGCGGGCCAGGCGAAGGGCAAGGCAAGCGAGUUGGUUGGCGAGGCCAAGGGCAAGACGCAGGAGCUCAAGGGCGAGGCUAAGGCAAAGGCAAACCAGAUCUAA